UCUAGAAAGUAUGUAACAAGUUAUUUAGAAAAAGAAACAUUUUAAAAGUGUGAUUAAAAACCACACAAUAGAGAAACCUGUGUCUGCUGUUUCUGAAAAAUCCUUUAGACUAAAACAAUUUAAACAUGCAUAUGCUUAAUCACACAAGUAGAGAAACCUCAUAUAUGUAACGUAUGUAACAAGUCAUUUACACAUAAAUGCUAUUUAAGCAAGCAUAUGGUUAUUCACACAGAAGAGAAACCUCAUAUAUGUAAUGUAUGUAGCAAGUCAUUUACACAAAAAUAUUAUUUAAGCAAGCAUAUGCGUGUUCACGCAGAAGAGAAACCUCAUGUGUGUGAGGUAUGUAACGGAUCAUUUGCGGAUAUGAGUAAUUUAAAGAGGCAUAUAUUUAUUCACACAGGAUGCAAACCUCAUAUGUGUGAGGUAUGUAGCAGUUCAUUCAGACUAAAAGGCACUUUAAAAAAGCAUAUGCUUAUUCACACAGGAGAGAAACCUCAUGUGUGUGAGGUAUGUAGCAGUUCAUUCAGACUAAAAGACACUUUAAAAAUGCAUAUGCUUAUUCAUACAGGAGAGAAAGCUCAUGUGUGUGAGGUAUGUAGCAGUUCAUUCAGACUAAAAGGCACUUUAAAAAAGCAUAUGCUUAUUCACACAGGAGAGAAACCUCAUAUGUGUGAGGUAUGUAGCAGUUCAUUCAGACUAAAAGGCACUUUAAAAAAGCAUAUGCUUAUUCAUACAGGAGAGAAAGCUCAUGUGUGUGAGGUAUGUAACAGAUCAUUUGUGCAUAUGAGUAAUUUAAAGAGGCAUAUAUUUAUUCACACAGAAUGCAAACCUCAUAUGUGUGAGGUAUGUAAUAUGUCAUUUAGAAGAAAAAGUGACUUAAACAAGCAUAUGCUUAUUCACACAGGAGAGAAACGUCAUUGGUGUGAGAUAUGUAACAAAUCAUUUAGACUCAGCUAUGCUUUAAAGGAGCACAUGCGUAUUCACACAGGCGAGAAACCUCAUGUAUGUGAGGUAUGUAAUAAAUCAUUCACACUAAAAGGUGAUUUAGACAGGCACAGGGAUAUUCAUACAGAAGUGAAAGAGAAACCUCAUGUGUGUGAGGUAUGCAACAAGUCAUAUAAAAUCAAGAAUAAUUUAAAGUCACAUAUGCUUAUUCAUACAGGUGAGAAACCUCAUGUGUGUAAAGUGUGUAACAAGAAAUUCAAUCUAAAGUCGUAUUUAAAGUACCACCUAUUUAUUCACACACAAGAAAAGCUUUACUUAUGUAAGCUAUGUAACAUUUCAUUCAGAUUUAAAGGUCACUUAAACAGUCAUAUGGAUAUUCACAGAGGAGUGAAAUCUCACUUGUGUGAGUUAUGUAGUAAGUUAUUUAGAAGAAAGGAUCACUUACACAAUCAUAUGCAAAUUCAUGCAGAAGAGAAAGCUUAUAUAUGUGAGGUAUGCAGCAAGUCAUUUAGAGCAAAGCAUGGUUUAAAGAUUCAUAUGCGUAUUCAUACAGGUGAGAAACACCAUGUGUGCGAACUGUGCAACAGGUCAUUUAGAGAAAAGUGUCAUUUAAGGAAUCAUAGGCUUAUUCACACAGGAGAGAAACCUUAUGCGUGUGACGUAUGCAGCAAGUCAUUUAGACUAAAAUGUGCCUUAAACAAACAUGUCUUUGUCCAUACAAGAUAGAUGUGUAACAAGUCAUUUAAAGAAAUAGCAGUUUUUAAGUGAGCAUGUGCUUAGUCACAUACAACCGAAAUCUCAUAUGAAGUGCGCGUAAAGUUGUAUAGAGUUUAAUCCUAGUAUAAUUUACGGACAGGAUUUGACGACAUUAUGAUGACUUGUCAUAUUGUCAUUUUGGUUUUGGCAACAAAUUUCAAAAUCAUGUGAAGUCUGUAAAGUACUAAGAUUUUACCUCCUAUAGAAUACAAAAAAAAUCACCGAAACAAAUGUAAGUUAUUCAUAGCAAAGAGAAGGGAAGCAAUUCUGGAAAGAACCCAGCAACCCUGCCAACAAGCAUGGAUUUGCAUGUCUGGAGGUAGCAAGCACUGCUCUUAAGUUGUUUUUGUUUCCUUAUAUUGCUGUUUGUAAUUUUGCAUGUGUAGCGUCAUACUGAUUGUUAGUUUGA